AUGGGUAGAGUUGCGACGCUUCUUUGGAGCAUUUGGCAACACCGAAAUGAUGUAGUUUGGAAUGAUAGUCCCAGCUUACCGAACCAAGUCGAGCGAAUCGCAUAUGACGCAUGGAAUGAUUGGUUUGCGGUUCACCAUCUGAAGCAUGAUGAGAACUAUAUUUUUGCGCCUCCUACUACUGAUAGGUGGGAAAAACCUCACAUUUGUUGGGUGAAAUGUAAUGUUGAUGCUGCUUUCUUUGUUGAAACUAGGGUAGUAACGAUGAGUGCCUGUUUUCUGGAUCAUGGAGGUAACUUUGUGGCUGGCUUCACGCAACGACAACAUGUCACCCUGUCAACGGUUGAAGGCGAGGCAUGA